UCGGGCCCACCUGCCUGGGUUCUGGCAGCUUCCGCAGCCCCAGCCAGAGAUGGAAGAUGCAAGAGGUCAUUGCGGGGCUGGAGCGGUUCACCUUUGCCUUCGAGGAGGAUGUCGAGAUGCAGAAGGGCGCUGGGCUCCUGCCUUUCCCGGGCAUGGACAAGUCGGCCUCAGCUGUGUGCAACUUCUUCGCUAAAGGGCUCUGUGAGAAAGGGAAACUCUGCCCCUUCCGACACGACCGAAGGGAGAAGAUGGUGGUGUGUAAGCACUGGCUCCGGGGGCUGUGCAAGAAGGGUGACCACUGCAAGUUCCUACACCAGUAUGACAUCACCAGGAUGCCUGAGUGCUACUUCUACUCCAAGUUUGGUGACUGCAGCAACAAGGAGUGUCCCUUCCUCCAUGUGAAGCCAGCUUUCAAGUCCCAGGACUGUCCUUGGUAUGACCAAGGUUUCUGCAAGGACCGUCCUCUGUGUAAAUACCGCCAUGUCCCCAGAAUAAUGUGUCUCAACUAUUUAGUUGGCUUCUGCCCCGAGGGACCCAAGUGCCGAUUUUCUCAGAAGAUUCGGGAAUUCAAGCUGCUGCCUGGAAGCAAGAUCUAAGCAUUGCUUCUUACCUAGUGGGGCUCUCACCAAUGCCACACACUGGG